AUGCCAAAGUUUUCUCUGUUUGGCAAGAAGGAAAAGAAGACAAAGACUAACGAGGUGGUCAGAGACGAGGGCAGCAGCGUGGCCUCCUCGACGGCGACCAGAGCGGACUCUAACAACUCAUGCAAGUCGGCGAAAAAGCACAGAAAAGGGAUAACUGCGCUUCACGAUGCGGCAAGCGGAUCUACGCCUUCAGGUCUAACCGCGUCACCCACCGGCGCCUCUGGUCCUACCGUCGAACCACCACAAUCGUUGUCGUCCUCAAGCAGUUGGAAAUCCUGCUCUGGAAGUGCUACGCAGCCAUUGCCGCCGCCGCCAUCGACUCAUCUGACCGACUUGUGUGGUCCUCGGCCGAGUGUAGCCCAUCUCAAACUCCAGCGCUCCACGCUCGAUGAUGUCCUCAUCUCUACCCAGCGCGGCGUAGAUCUGUUUCCGCGCGAGAUGUCGGACCUAACAAUCCCGCAGCUGACCGAAGUGUUUCAGGUCUUUCAGACCUUCCUCGAUAGAUGCGCGAGCACGGUGGUGAGGCAGCAGUCUGUGUUACAGCUGCAUGCAAUUCUCCCCGAGAUCGCCGCUGUCGACACCACGAUGACUACUGAGUCGAUUAAGGCGCAAGGCUUUCACCCGACCUUCGCAAUUGAACCUAUGCUGAACCACCUGCUAGAGCAGCCGGCGCCUCUGCGCGCGCGCCUCUGUCUCGCCAUCUACCGCUUCUGCCGAGAGCUAAACGAGGAGCUGGAAGAUGACCUGCUCUCUAAGGAAACGGGGUUCUUCGGCAGCCUGCAAUCCAUGAACCCGAACCUGCACCCCACCGCUGGCAGUGACUACGGAAACUCUGAAGAUCUAUGCCACACCUCUUCCUGUUCUGGUGAUUUCGUGGCGAGCCAGACUGCGAAGAUGGAGCGCUGUCCCAACAUUGAUCUCCCGAAGAUCUACAACCUUCUCCUACACAAGGAUGGUUACCUACCGAGCGCCGAAGAGCUCAACGAAAUCUUUCUGCGAGCGCAAGAGUUGCUGCGAGCCGAACCAAAUGUGUUGAUGGUAGCGAUGCCGGCCGUCCUCGUCGGGGACUUGCAUGGACAGAUACGCGAUUUGCUGCAAAAUGUUCUGGCUCUCGGGGGCCCACUCGUCUCGAGUGAGGCUCUGGCACUGGCGUCCCCUAAAUCCUCUGUGACCAAGUCGAAGACGACGACCUCCCCGAAGAGUGGCAGUGGUGGUGCAGCGAAGACCUUCAGUAGGGCCCCGAAAAGUAAUGAGAGCCACCCUGCGCAGCCGCAGAACUACGUGUUCUUAGGUGACUAUGUUGACCGUGGGCCGAACAGCUUGUGUGUGAUUGCGCUGCUCUUCACCGCCAAGCUCUUGUCGCCGAACACCGUAUUCAUGCUGCGCGGCAACCACGAGUGCUCGAACACAAAUCGCCUCUACGGCUUCCUCGACGAAUGUCACCGCCUCUACCCCAUUGUGAACAACAAGGUCACCACGCUUCGCAUGGACGCUACACAGUCGCCGUCCCCAGGGGGCGCCGACGGUGCGACAGCACAUCGAGGCGGCAACGGCAGUAACGACCCCUCGAACACGAUGAAUGUAAGCAGCAGCGUCGAGCCAACCGCUGCCGUGCCGAACAUGCGCGCCUUCUCCGCCGGCAGUUCGUGCCCUGAUGACAUGGGGUGGGACAUGAAGGAUCACCCGUUGUGGCUUGUCGCGAAUGACGCGCUUCGUUCACUUCCUCUCUGCGCCGCGCUUUGCGAGGAGGUGGAGGUGGACGACCAGGCGCCUCUGCCACCCACCACUGCCACCACCGAGUCGAGCGUCAAACACUCGAUUGCGGUUGACAGCCCCGAGAACCCUGGAACAACUUCGAGCGCGAAAGAGCUAACCGCAACGAAGGCCUCAAAAAGUAGUGGCAGCAGCAGUGCAAACACCAGUUUCGUGGAGUCCUUAAAGUCGAAGAAGGUCGAAGCGGGUAAGUCGACUGCCGUCGCAGGCGGCAAUGCACGCGCCACUAAGGACAAGGCAACCAAUGCUUCCAGCGAAUCGUUGUCAUCGUUCCCGAAACGCGCCAGCACGUCCUUCACGAAACCGAAGAAGACACGGCAGGUCGUGCGCAUAUGCGCAAUGCAUGGUGGUCUGUCUCCCUUCAUUGACGAUAGCUUCGACGGCAUCAUUGCCAUUAACCGAUUCUGCAACAUCGAGCAUGGUGCGCUGGUCGACCUCACGUGGUCGGAUCCAUUAUCUAGUGAAACAACCCGUGGUGCGACGACGGUGACCUUCGAUUCUAACUCGAGCCAGGUACCUUUGAGCAAGUUUCAGUCUACCUGCACCUUCAAUGGAACCCCCGUUGGUUUCACCGGCAAUCCGCGUGGCACAGGGCACAUCUUCGGCGAGGAUGUCACGAUAAACUUCAUCAACACAAACCACCUGUACUUCAUUGUGCGCGCACACCAGUGCGUGCAGGAAGGCUUUCAGUGGACGCAUAAGGGCCGCCUGCUGACGGUCUUCUCGGCCCCCAACUACUGCGGUAUGCGCAACAAAGGUGCCAUCCUCCUACUAGACAAGAAUGGCGCCCCUACACUGAAACAGUACGAAUGCGAGAAGAUCGAAGAGAGUCCGCACAUGACUACCGCCGACGCACCGCAGCCGCCGAAGCUGUUCUUGUAG